GUUUUGGUCCUGCUGUUCAACAACAACAACAAACAAAUUCAUCACCCACAAAACGACCAUUAAGUCCUGAUCAUCCAAAUCCGGCACUACCAAUAACAGAGUCUCCUAGUCCUGCUAUGAAUCGUAUGGGAUGGGCUUUACGAACAUUAUUGGUUGCUGACAGUUCAAGUUGUUUAAAGGAUAGAAAAGUUUCUGGCAAACUUAUACGUAAGUGUGCUCCUGGUACUGAAUUGGUAGAUUGGUUGGUGAAUUUAUCGCCCAUUGUUCAUACAAGAGCCCAAGCGGCUGGCAUGUGGCAAGCUUUACUGGAGGAAGGCAUAUUAUCACAUGUUAACAAAGAACAACCCUUUAAGGAUAAAUGUUUUCUAUAUCGAUUUCGUGUUGAUGAAGAAGGUACCGCGGGCGGUCACCCCUCCACAGACGAUCUAAAUGCUAGUAAUGAGCAUGUACGUGAAGCUUUAAGUAGUCUGCUACAGCGAGGACCCGAUGCUACGUUGCGUAUGAUUUUACGAAAACCCUCACAUGAACGCACACCCGAAGAAUUAGAAUUGGUAUUUGAAGAACUUUUACAUAUUGCUGCAUUAUCGCAUUUAUCAACAAGUAUUAAACGUGAAUUAUCAUCGAUUAUUGUUUUUGAAUCUCAUGCACAAGCUGGAACCAUCUUAUUCAGUCAAGGUGAUGAGGGACGUUCUUGGUAUAUAAUACUGAAAGGUUCUGUGGAUGUUGUAAUACAUGGCAAAGGCACUGUGGCCACCCUUAAGAGUGGUGAUGACUUUGGUAAACUGGCUUUGAUUAACGACGCACCCAGAGCUGCUACCAUAGUUUUGAAAGAAAACAAUUGCCAUCUGUUGCGUGUGGAUAAAGAACAUUUCAAUCGUAUACUACGUGAUGUUGAGGCAAAUACUUUAAGAUUACAAGAGCAUGGUAAAGAUGUUUUAGUUUUAGAACGUGUUGCAAAGCAAAGAGGACAGCAUUCGGCAUUUAAAUACACUGUCAUGUCGGGUACACCUUCAAAGAUGUUGGAACAUUUAUUAGAGACUCGUUUGGGCAGUCAAGUCAGCGGUGUGGAUCCCUUCUUAGAUGAUUUCCUGCUGACCCAUAUUGUUUUUAUGCCAGUUGUACAGUUGGUGGAUGAAUUGGCUAAUUAAUA